AUGAGUUUCACCGGCAAGUACCAACUGCAGAGCCAGGAAAACUUCGAGGCCUUCAUGAGGCAGUGGGCUGAGAAAGGGCUGUCUGACGACCUCAUCAAGAAGGCAAAGAGAGUUGACAGAAUCAUACAGAAUGGGGAGCACUUCAAGAUCACCAUCACUACAGGGUCCCAAGUGAUGCACAAUGAGUUCACCUUGGGUGAGGAGGCUGAGAUGGACAGCAUUACUGGAGAGAAGGUCAAGACUGUGAUUAACUUGGAAGGAGACCACAAGCUGGUGACCACUUUCAAAAAUAUCGAGUCUGUGACUGAACUCAAUGGGGACACCCUGAUCAGUUAAGUUAGCUCUCUGAGCUGGUGAAUCUGGGUGCUGGAGGAGGAAGUGGGGGUGAAGGGUGGGGGACAGCUGAACUCCUCACCCCAUGGCUCACUUCGUCCCCUGAACCCCAAGUUCUACACCUUUCUAUAUCUCCUACCACAUCACUGAGGUUCCUUGUAUAGCAGGUAGUUUACACAGCAUCUCUAAGCUUCCCAACUGAAGUUUUCUAAAGGCAAAUUGAGAUAUAAACAGCCAUGAAAGGCCAGGGCCAGGUUCCUCUGACUGGGCCAGUCUCUCGGGGCUGUCACCCACAGAUGUUUCCAGGGGAAGCACUCAGAAUCAUACCACAAAACUUGUGGGUUUAGGUGUUUAGGUGUGGUGUAAAAUUUCAGUGAAUGUUUAUGAUUUUGAAAACUGUAUUACA